CUCUAUCAUUUCCUCUCUUUGUCUAUACUUGCUCUACAUAAUUUAUGAGCUUAAGAGACGGGUCCGAUAUAUGAUUUUUUACACGAUCAGUAUUUUAAAACUUAGGAAAGAGUAGGGAUUCAUUCAACCAAUCAGCCGCAAAGUGAUAACCACUGAUUCUGAAUAGAACAGAGUGAGUCGAGUGUUUACCGUCCGUAUUUACUAUUACUACGAUAUUGCUAAGCUAAGUUUAUAAAAAAUCAAGAUAUCAAUAUUUCUGCGUACGCAUUACGGUACGAUAUCUGGUCAAAUCUCCAUGUCACGUAUAUUACAAGUGUUGAUUUUCGACUAACCUCUGACACGGUGUAUGUCGUCCGUAAAAAUGGAUAAAAGCAAAUUGGAUACAUCUAGGUCAGGGUAUCGCGAGGAUAUCUCUAGUCAUUCUAAGAAAAAUAAGAAAAGAUCAAGUAAAAAAAAUAACAUACUUGGUUUAUGGAUGAAUAACAUGCAAAACAAUCAAAAUAACGACAUGGUACCUGGAAUGGAGUAUCAGCAUCUAUUGUGGCAGUCCAAUGUACAACAAAACUUUUCGAACAAUGGACAGCGUCUUUUUACAACAACAUCCGAUCCUAGCAUGUGUGGUUAUACACAGAUGCCCAUGACAUAUACUAUGGAACCUGUUUCACUUCCAACCAUGUAUAGGCUAUAUCAACCAGUACCAUUUUCUGGCAUUAGAACUGUUCACGGUAGACCCAGACGGCAUUGUAAUCAAAAUUUUCCAAUGAAUUUGAAUAUGAAUUCUAUGGGGAAUGGUUACUCAAGUUUGCAAGAAAAUGGAGUAGAAUCUUCCGUGCCUAUUAAUUAUCAAAAUGGAGAUUAUGCAAGCUUGCCACCUACUGGUAACAAGAGUAAUGAAAUAAAUGGAGAUGAACCAAAUUCAGAGCAUCGGAGGUAUUCGGAUCCUGGUCUUGGAUCUGCAGAAGCUCCAGUUCAAACUCAAAGCGAAGAUUCUGAUAGUAUCGAUAGUGGAAGCUCUAUUACUACAGUUGGACGUAGCAAUAAACUUGUCUUAUCUCUUAUCGAACAGAUGACGGAACUGAAAAAAGGCAACAGUCAAUUGUUCAAAGAGUUAAACGAAACAAAAUCGGAACUAGGCAGUAUGAAAGCAAAACUAGCACAGUGUAAAUAUAGCAGCUCUUCAGAUUAUCAACCAGGAAUGUUAUCAGAUUUUAUUCGCGAAAUCAGACAAGCCAACAAAACGUGCGAGGAGGGAUUGAUUUCGAAAGUAAAAUCUAUGGUGGAGGAGAAAUUGAACCAAAGGUCGUUAGAAGUGGCAAAUUUAAACAAUCGAAUAAUAAAAUUAACGGAAGAAAAGGAGGAGAGCGACAGAAGAGUAGCGAAAUUGGAGGAGGAAGUGGCAAUGUUGAAGCUGAAUGCAAACAACGAAGGCCGCGAGAUCGCCGCGUUCGAGGAAGAGACUCUGGCGCUGAGACGGGAGCUGCAGGAGGCCCGGGCGUCCAAGUGUCUGGGAGCCGAGGGCCACGUGGCAAAGUGCGUAAACGCAACAUCAGCCUCGCCUGUCGCUACGCCUUUCCAUACUGCGCAAUCCUACGUAACCAGCACCCCCGUGCGUACCGCUCUAUCCGACACCUGUAGCCUCAUCCCCGCGCCAUCGUCAUCGACAUCGUCGUUGUCCACGUUGGCCCCCCAACACCUCGCCUCGUCACUGCGUUCCCGUAACAACAACAACAACGCCAACAACACGGAUCCGGCUCACCACCUCAACCACCAUUUCGUCUCGAUCGACAAUCCGACGAUCGUUUAUCGAAGCAACGAUGAUUGUAGCACCACCACCUCCGCGGAUUCUAUCACCACCACCCUCACCUCCACCGCCAUCGUGCCAACCUCGUCUUGCCUCUUGCUCGAGGACCAGGGGAUCGCCCCCGUUGCUUCGAGCGACGAGGAUCCGUUGACCACGGCAGGGGACGAUAGCGCGGCUCUCCAAGAGACUCGUAGCGUUGCGGAAGUCGCCUCGAAGGCGGAGCAAGGAUCAUCGAUGGAUCGAGUCGAGGAGGAUAAGGAGGAGGAGGAGGAGGAAGGUACGAGGAUCGUGGAGGACGCGAUGACGAAAGGAAAGGAGGACGAGGAGGAGGAGGAGGAGGACGAGGAGGCUAUGGAUUCCGGGAAGAAGGAGACGAACGGUAGAUGGAUCGGGGAGAAGAGGGCGAAAGCGACGAGGAAGGAGGAGGAACAGGGGCGCGGCAAUCAUCAUCGUUAUCAUCAGCAGCAGCAGCAACAUCAGCGAGCGGGAUCGAGGAAGUCGGGGAGGAAGAAGAGGGGCAGCUUGGUGUCGAGGAGGUCGUUGAGCGAGGCGGACAAGGUGGCGGAGAGGAAGGAGACGGGGGGGAGAGAGGGGAGGAGAAGGGUGAGCAAGGGUGGCGAGGAUCGGAAUCGGAAUCUGGACGAUGGCGGCGACGACGACGUCGACGACGACGAAACGAGCCGAGCCAUCACCGAGAUCCCGGAAGUGGCCGUAGUCGGUGGUGGCUCCUUCGUGCCGAAAGAUCUCUGCUCGACGGGAAUCCUGACCUCCAGAGUCCUGACAGCACCUUCACGCGCUACCUACACCACCGCCUACAUUUAGGCUACGUACGCGCGGGGCCCCUGCCAAUCAAACGCGAGCCAACGAUCGCCGUUGAGCGAAGGGGGGCUUCGAGGGCUUGCUAGAGGCUACUACUAUGUACAUGUCGAAUAGCACGUAGGUCUAUCGUUGUUUCGCUCCUUCUCUCUCUCUCUCUGUUUCUCUCUUUUCGUAUCUUUCCGUCGUUGUUACCUCGCGGAUUCCGCCAUCUUCGUUGUUUCGAAUUACGCGAGUUUAAGCGCGGAAAUUAUUUUUUUUUUCCUUUUCCAAAGAGUUUAUUUUCCAAGAGAGUUCGUAUUUUGGAGGAGGUGUCUCUAACGAAGAUUCUAUCGUUCAUCUCCUCCGUUUUUUCUUCUUUUACUUCUUUUUUUUUUUAGAGGUAGUUUCUAUGUAGAAGUGACGACGAAAGAAGCGAAUCGAAGUUCGAUGUUUAAAACGUUGAGAGAAAUUGUUAAAUUGGAAAAUACGUAGUAUUUUUUUUCUCUUUUUUGCAAGUUGUUUCAGUUCCACUUUGUUGUUGUUGUUGCAAUUAGUUGUAAUGUUGUAUUAGGUAAUUAUGCGGUAAGUAGGCAAUAGUGUAAAUUAUGUCCACGUUGGCAUGGCUUUUGAGCUUUUGUUACACGGAGCAUGCGUUUAAUUACUUUUUUUUUUUU